AUGGAUAAAGCUAGGGACUUUGGAGCUGGAGCACUUUUUAAUCAGAUUCUUUCUCUAUUGAUGUCUCAAAAUUUAGAAGAUCAAGAACGUCAUUUACUAGUUAAAGACCGUGAAAUUAUAAGUAAUUUAAGUAUAGCUGCUGGAUUACCAAAAGUGAUUUCUACAAUGAGAUCAGGAAUUUCUUCUAGUCCAAGUCUUGCUCCUAGCACCUUCACUGAAUCUUCCAAUAGGUCACGAUCGCCUAGUUAUUAA